AUGCAUUCUACACCUAAUAAUUUUAAUAUUAAUAAUAUUUCUUCUAUAUUUUAUUUCCGAAUUUUAAUUGUCAGCAUAAUCGUUUUGUUUGGCACAGAAUCUCGAACACUCUUCUCUGCUGAAAACAACAUUUUUCUUUUUGAAAGAAAUCGACGAAACGAUUUAACAUUAAAUAGUCAAGAACAAUUAAUUAAAAAUGAUAUUACUUCGAGUUGUAAUGUUUAUGAUAAUGAUCAAUUACAUGUAUUAAUGGACAGAAUUUGCGAGCUUUGUCAUGAUAUGUUUAGUCAUCAACUGCCAAAUACGAGAGCAGAAUGCAGGUGA